ACCAAUCAUCGUGAUUUCUUGAACUGAUCACGUGACAUAUCAAGUAAAAGAUUCAAGAGAUUUUAGGGUCGUGAAAGAAGAUUCUUUAGUACCCCGUAGUGAGUUGCUUUACCCGGUUGUCUAAUCAGAUAUUUAUCGAUAUUUACACUACAGGAAGUCGAGUGAGGCUUUAAAUAUCCAUAAUGGCUGACGAUGAGAGAAAACGCAUCGAGGAUGAAAAGAAGAGGAAGCAAGCAGAAACAGAACGAAAACGAGCGGAGGUUCGUGCUCGUCUUGAGGAGGCGUCAAAAGCAAAAAAGGCUAAAAAGGGUUUUAUGACCCCAGAUAGAAAGAAGAAACUUAGGUUGCUGUUACGUAAAAAAGCUGCUGAAGAAUUGAAAAAAGAACAAGAAAGAAAAGCUGCUGAGAGAAGACGAAUUAUUGAGGAAAGAUGUGGCCAACCAAAAGAUGUUGAUAAUGCAAGUGAAGCUGAGCUCCAGACCAUUUGUAAGGCUUAUUGGAACAAAAUUUAUACGCUCGAGGGUGAUAAAUAUGACCUCGAAAGGAAAAAUAAAAUGAAAGAUUUUGAGAUUGCCGAACUCAACAGCCAGGUGAACGAUCUCAGAGGCAAAUUCAUGAAACCUACAUUGAAAAAAGUUUCCAAGUAUGAAAACAAAUUUGCCAAGCUCCAGAAGAAAGCAGCUGAGUUUAACUUCAGAAAUCAGUUGAAACAAGUCAAGAAGAAGGAAUUCACUCUGGAAGAAGAAGAUAAAGAGAAUGCCUCAAAAGAUAAGAAAAAACCAGAUUGGUCCAAGAAAGGAGAAGAAAAGAAGAAGGCACCUGAGCCUGCACCAGAACCAGCCCCACCAACACCAGAGGUUGCUCCACCAACUCCAUCACCAGAUCCAUCAUCGGUAGCACCAUCAACCACCGUAGAAUCAACCCCAGCAACGACUCCUGCACCAUCACCAAUACCUCCACUAGAACCUCCGGUAGCUACACCAACACCUGAACCAGCACCAUCACCAGUUCCAUCUGAGGAUCAACCACCACCACCACCUGCAGAUGGUGCAGCACCACCUCCUGCUGAUGGAGCGGCUCCUCCUGCCGAAGGUGCUGCUCCACCAGCAGACGGUGCAGCUCCUCCAGCGGAUGGUUCUGCACCACCUCCUGCAGACGGUGCGGCUCCUCCAGCAGAAGGUGCAGCACCCCCAACGGAAGGUGCCCCACCAGCUGAAGGAGCUGCUCCACCAGCCGAAGGAGCUCCAGCACCAGCAGAAGGUGCAGCUCCACCAGCCGAAGGAGCACCUCCAGCAGAAACUCCAGCUCCAGCUGAUGGAGCUGCACCACCCGCAGAAGCUCCAGCGGCAGCACCACCAGCUGAAAAUCCACCCCCCGCAGACGCACCUGCUCCUGCUGAUGCACCUCCAGCAGCACCUACUGAUGUUGCACCUGCACCCGCUGAACCAGCUCCAGCAUCAUAAUUUAAUGAUGAAUAUCAACCAAUAUCUCGCAUACAAAAUUUUUAUGCGUCUUCACAAACCAGUCAAUCAUCUACUUAACAUGAUUGGUACGAUGUAUGCUUCUAAAAAAUACAUAACUGCUCAAUGUAUCGUCUCUACAUGAUUCAAUGAUAAUUCUCAACAGUACUUACCAUCAAACCCCUUUGUCAUUAUCAUACUCUCAACGUAAUCAUCAUCCUGGUUACGUUCAAUAUAACCAAUGUCAACGUAAUUGAAUGCAGUUGUCUCACUACAAAAGCAAACGUGUACAUAACACAUCCCCAAGAAAGAUUGAGUCGACAAAUAUCUUGAUAAUAUACAAUUUGUUAAUAUUUAUCAUAGAAAAUGUCAUUAUUAUUUUAAAUAAAUAAUAAAAACAUUUAUUUCAUUAUUUAA